AUGACGCGAGCUGCCGCACCGCCGAUUCUGCUGCAGCUACAGAGCGCCGAAUCGGCCUCCUCUCAGAUUACAGCUUUGCGCACUCUGAAGAAUGAACUGAUUGGCCAUGACCAGCGCAAGGAAACCUACAUUGGCGAGGGAAUCAUACCAGCUUUGGCACAGUUGCUAACCUCGAGAUGGCCGGGAACGGCCGAGUUUAAUGAAUCGAUAUCGCACCAAGGCCGGUCCACGCCAACGCCAAAAGCCCCAGAAGAUUACGAAGUAUGCCUUCAAGCAACUUUAAUUGUUGGGAGUCUGGCACAAGGUGGUCCAACGUUUCUCACCCCACUAUUCGCCAGCAAUAUCCCCCAAACCUUACUUUCAAUAUUUUCAUCCUCGGACUGCCCAGAUUCAUUAUGUCUUCCCAUUCUACGACUUCUGAACACAAUCGCAGACCGGAUACCGUUGCAAAGCCAGGAACAAUGGCCUCGGGACACGCAGCUUGCGGAUCUUGUUUUUGCUUCUGCAAAUAUUACCUCUCUCAGACGUAUAAUCUCGCAGGAGUACAAGAACCUGCGCAGCCAGGCCACGAUAGAGCUAGCAGCCGCCCUGAUCGGCAAACUAUGCACAGAGGAAACCCAUAAGACGGCACUAGCAGAAUCCGGGGUGUUGGAUGCUUUGGCGCUCAAGAUUGCCUCCUUUGUUGUGGCCAAGGGAUUCGUGUUGCCUGGCGCGGAGGAUCGCCUUCAAGAACCUGGCGCAUUGGAGGAGCUGCCGCUUCCGGCCCCCGAAUCCGCCCAGCUAGCACCAAUUUUGCGCGCAGUUGCUGUCAUCAUUGAACAGUCAAAAUGGAGGGCGGAGCACUUCCUGUCAUCACCUGGCAUUGUGACGGUGUUUCCAAAACAAGUUGCUGGGUUCGCUCCAACAGACAUCAAGAAAGGUCCGUGGGGAUCCACAUAUCUGUCGGGCUCCGCAGUGCCCCGUCAUCUUGGCUCCAAUCCCAUAGAACAGCUCUUGCCGUCGGUUCCUCUAGCCCAUACAAAAUCAUCAUCCAGUUCUGCUAAUUUCCCACCUCUGGGGCAUGGGGGCUCACAGCGCCGACACAGCCAUUCUUACCCCACGCCUUUUUCACUGGCUGAGACGCCAGUCCCAGAAGACGACGAGAAUUCGAUUGUUCCAUGGCUGCUCUGCAUUCUCCGCUCAGAGAAUGGCAUGACACGGUUGAUGUCCGGCCGUCUUGUCACGGCCCUCUUCCGGUUAGGAUUGACGAAGAAACAUCGCACUCCAAUGUUCAGUUAUUUGUUGAUCCCCAUCUUGAUUCGUAUGCUUGACAAGAACGUCCGACUGCCGGAUGAAGAAGGCGCUAUUCAUGAUGGGCUGCUCUCGUCGACCCUACGCUUAAAAGAAGAGGCGCCUGCCGUAUUAGCCAAUUUGGUCAUGGACGACCCGGAGCUGCAGAGACACGCAGUAGAAGGCAAUGCGCUUAAGCGACUUUCACAACUUCUCAAGGAGACUUACAACCCAAUCACAGAGACAUCCCGGCCGAUGUGGCACGCAGAGGAUGGGCCAGCCCGCGGGACCCUUGAGUCUCUUUCACAAGAGUGCCGGCUCGGACCUUCCGGUUACUCUCCGACCCUUUGCCAUGUAAUGCGUUACCGAGAGAACAUUCUCAAGGCUUUAGCAGCACUCGUCCCAUUCAAGGACGAGUACCGCAAGGCGAUUUGCGAACAUGGCGUAGUCCCUUACAUCAUUGACGCCCUCAAACCAAGGCCUAGUGAUGCACUGGCCGAUGCUGCGAUGCCCAGAAAUACUGCAGAGGAUGGAAAUCCGAUUCCGACAAUUUUGGCUGCAUGUGGUACAGCCCGGAUGCUGACCAGAUCCGUGAGCGUGCUAAGAACUAGUCUUAUUGAUGCCGGCGUGGCUAAGCCACUGUUUGCCCUUCUUCGCCAUUCUGACCUCGAGGUGCAAAUUGCAGCAACAGCUGCGAUUUGUAACCUGGCCUUAGACUUCAGUCCCAUGAAAGAGGCAAUCAUUUCCCACAACAUCAUUCCUAUCCUUUGCGAACACGCGCAUUCAUCCAACACCAAAUUACAGAUUGAAUCGCUCUGGGCUCUCAAGCACAUGGUUUAUGACACCGCAAACGACAUCAGAAUGAACAUCAUCGAGACGUUGGGCCCUGAAUGGAUUAUGGAGGUCAUCUCCCAGGAUCCGGUCCGCGCAGUGGCUCAGCGGGGGAUAGAAGAGGAGACAGAUCAAAGUCCCGGGUUUGCCAUGGGUCGAUCCAACUCGGCUGGCGAACAGGUCGAUAUUCUGAACCCUAUGGAUGAUGCAGCGGAGUGGGACGAGGACCUCAAGAUGACCGAUACCAUGCCUCCCUCCAAAAUGAGUCUGGACAUGUUCCUUCCUGAUGCAAGACGCAGACGCAAACUCGUUCUGCAUGGAACCCUGGCUCAAACCACACAGUCUCGACAAGACGAUAUUGCCGUCCAGGAGCAGACAUUCGACUUACUGCGCAACAUGAUCUGUGGUCGGGAUGCACCUGAGAUGAUUGAAUAUCUCUUCAGAGAGCUUGGUCAAAAUGAUUUCCUCGAUACCAUCGCAGAUACACUGCGACCACGUACCAUCCAACUGCCUCAUCGCCAGGACUCCAGCAGCCAGUCCCUCCAUGUUCCCAAUGAGAUCAUCAACGCAGCCGCCGCUCUCAUCAUCCACUUGGCGGCCGGGCACCCACGCCACCGGCGUAUCGUCACAUUCCACCGUGACUUGCUGCGGUCUCUAGGGAAUUAUUUCAACCAUUCUCACAAAGACAUUCGGUCGAAUUGUGUCUGGGUAGUGAUCAACCUCAUCUACGAAGAAGAUCAGAGUGAUCAUGAAGGUUGUCGGGAGCGGGCAGUGAGACUUCGUUCUCUUGGUUUUGCAGAACGGCUGGCUAGCCUCGAGGAUGACACGGAGCUAGACACGAGGGAGCGUACGAAGACUGCGCUGCAUUUGUUGAACAAACUGUCUCCCGCAUAG